AGAGGUCAACUGAGUUCAACUUAACCUCAACCUUCAGGAUAGCAGAACUUGUCUUAUAUGUUAAAACAUAAAUACGCUCAUUUCUCAGAAUUUCCAAACUCUGGUAUUUUGUGGCUCAAUGUGAUCUAGCUCGAAUAAUAAAAUGAGUGAGCAAGCUAUAAAUGAGCUGGAGGCGGCUGCCCAAAUAAUAAUGGCUCCUCCAAAUAUCGUCUCGAAUGAGCAGCGGCAUCAUGCCGAAGUGAUUUUUCUGAAUUUUCGCAAAAGCAAAUCGCCCUACGAAAUAUGCAGGCAAAUUCUGGAAAAAUGUCCCAACCAAUAUGUUAUGUUUGAGUCUGCAGAAGUCCUAAAAGAAGCUAUUAUCAGGGAAUGGUCGUUUUUAAUGGAAAAUGAUCGAGUAUCAUUGAGGCAGUAUUUGAUGCAUUACAUAACCACUCGCCAAGUGCCGCAUUUUGUACGGGAUAGAAUCCUGCAAGUAAUUGCCAUUAUGGUAAAAAGGGCUAGCAUUGACGACAAUGGAAGAGAGCGCGGUAUCAUUCUGCAGGAGGUUGAAAAUCUCAUUAUGAAUGCCGAAUCGAAUAGGAAACUGCUUGGCUGCUACAUUAUCGCGAACUUAAUGCAAGAGUAUGCCAGCACUGUAAAGUCUACCGACGUUGGGCUUCCAUGGGAGGUGCAUUUUAAAGCAAAGAAGCARUUUGAAGCAACGGAUCUCAAGCGAAUCUUCCAAUUUUGCGUAUAUUUGCUAUCAGAAGUGGUGAAAAACGAUCCKCCUUACAGCGACAUCGUCGUCCAGCUAACCAGGCAUUUGUUGCAAAUCACUGAAAGAGUGCUCACCUGGGGCUACGUCUCGCCAAUUCUACCCAAAAGGCUGAUUGGUAUCUACGAGUCCGUGCAUGAGUCUGAUCAAGCCCCUGCGUUGAGACUGACCAAUUCGUGGUCGGAAAUCAUGUUCAAUCCCGAUCUGGUGCCUCUAAUGUUCCAAAUAUAUUGGAAGCUCAGAGACAUAGAUGAACUAUCGCACCAUUGCCUAAAUUGCCUGGUUCAACUGGCGAGCCUGAGCGGAGGCAUCACGAUUAACAGCGAAGCUCGUCUGAAGUACUUACACAGCUAUUUGGGCAAUUUCGUCAAUUUGUUAUCCAAUGUUACCAUCAGAGAAAAAGAAUCCCUGGGAAUCUCAAACAUUGCUAGAAAGCUAGUGUUGUUUUUCAUCAAUGACUUCAGCAAUCUUCCAACUCCGCUUCAAGAGACGAUAAUGGACGAGUUCACUCGGAUAACGUGCAACUUUGCUGAAGGAGCCGCUCGAGAAGAUGCUAAUCCGGACGAAGAGAAGUAUUUUUCCGAUUCUUUAGAAAAUAUGCUCGAAGCAUGGACAACGAUAAGCGUCGAAUUCUCAUCCAUAUCCGAAGAGCUACAUCAGUCUUGUGCUACGCGAAUCUUCAAUAAAUAUGUGCAGUGUCAUCUAGCACAACCUGAUGGAAUUCGAAGUCUUAGUUUAGAGAAUGGACACAAUUGUGAUGAAGAUCUAGAAGACAAUGACCGCACUAAGUUCAAGGAGCAGCUGCAAAUCAUUGGCUUGCUUGGGAGGACCAUUCUACCGCAUUCGCUUCCAGUUUUGUACAAAAUUUUAGAGUCUCGUACCGAAUCUUUGCUACACAUGCUGCCAGUCAUGCAACAAAGAGCGAUGAACUUAAAUGAGGCUGCAUCAUUGGACGGGGUGUUUGAGGAUGUACACUGGGCGGUUCUGAUCGCCGGCCAUUUGCUCUGUAUGGAAAGUGAUGGGGAGCUGGCUCUGAUCCCCUCAGAAAUCAACAAUCACUCCACCGAGAUGGCGAAGAAAGGAGCAACUUGCGCAGAUGCGAGUAUAAAAACUCUGAGCAUGGCAGACGCCAAGGUGCAAGUUCCUGAUUGUUUGGAGCAAUGCGACCCAGUCAUAAGAAUCGCCUACAGUGUGUUGCGUUUGGCCUCUAUAGAGGAACUGGCGAUUUCAAUGCGGCAGGGCCAUUUUAUGAGCCCUGAAGUUGGCUCUACUUUGAUGUGGUUCUUGAAACGAUGGUGCCUCAAUUACUUAUUGCCGCCUGAAGAGUUUUACCAACAAUUAAGAAUAAGUCCAGUCAUUUUAGCUUGUUUCGGCCGCGAUUCCGAGUGCAGUAAAAUGUUUAUUUCUGUGAUCUUGCAUAAAAUUGCCGUAAACCUCUACAGUUUCCAAUCCGAACCAAUUCUCCUACGCGACACCGUACAACUCUUUAGCGACAUGGUUUCCAGCAAGCAAAAAUCUAUCUACAUAAUAAAAACGGACUCUAUGGCAAAACUCAUCAAUCUGACUGAGCAAAUGGAGGCUGGAACGCUUCCUCCAAAUAUUUUGAGAGGCAUCUACAAGGGCAUAGUCACGGCUGGUAUAUGUUUGACCGAUCCCGAUGAGAAAAACACGUAUUACCAAAGGAUAUUAGAGCCUCUAAAGAAUAAAUUCAAAGCCGUAGUUGGACAGGAAAACCUCGGCAGAAUGUGUGAGAAUGAGCAAGUGCAAAAGGUUGUGAUCGAUUUGCUGGAGAGCUUCAUUGGGGUGGCGAGAGGUUCCUUAGUGGCAACUGUGGAAAUUUUGUUUCCUUUUAUGUGCCCCAUUCUAUCGGAGCUGCCAGUAUUCCUGACCUUUUUCAAAGACUACCAAGUGAUUGUGCAACUAAUUUUGGAGCUUUUCGGGCAGUGUGCCAAGUCGAUCUUGUGCUACUUGGCCCCGUCGGAUAGCAAAAAAUUAUACGAAAGUGCAUUGGCUGCCGUCCAGGCCUAUGCAAAGUACAACACUAACCGACUAUCAACUGAAUCCUUUGCUGAAGAGAGCAGUUGCCAGGAUUUAAGUCUUGUGUUGGACUUGCUGACCUUUAUAUUGGCCAAAGACUGUGUGGACUUGCAUGUUCGCAGCGGCGAAGAGGAAAUUACGGUUACUGCUUCCGAUGUGUCUCUCUUUGGGCUCAAGUUUAUAAUGCCGCUCAUGACAUUGGAGCUGUUGAAAUUCCCCAACUUGUGCGCCCACUUCUACCGGCUUCUGGUCCUAAUCAACGACAUCUACCCGGAGAAAAUCGCCGCUCUUCCUCAUGACAUGAUGGUCAGUCUGCUGCAAAGCAUUGAAUUGGGGCUCACCAAUUUCGGCACUGAUAUCGUACAAGCGUGCCUUGACUUCGUGCAAGGAAUGGCCUGCUAUUUGUUCAGGCACAGCAAUUUCGACACGCCAUUUGCAGUUGCGUUGAAACCGUUCCUGAAGCUGCUGAUGGAUCUGGUGCUCUCCCAUCAAAUCAAUUCGGAUUUAAUCAGCUGUUCCUCUACGACAAUUUAUUCUCUCAUUUGCUGCUAUCAGGAUGAGUAUCAAGCGCUGGUGCAGAGUUUAAUUCAAAGUCAGACUGAUCCAAUGACUGCUGAAAGGUUGGCAGCAGCCUUCAACAAUCUAACGCAGAACGUUGCGUUAAACUGUGAAAGACAACCAAAACUAAAGUUCAGGGACAACUUUGACAAGUUUAUUGCAAACGUGCAUGGAUUUUUGUUAGUUAAGUAAAUGCGAAAAUGGAUGAAUUAAGCGGGCGUUAAAUGUGGUCGUUUUUCGUUUGUGUGUAGACCGGUUUAAUUGAAUUAAGUGCAUUAAUUUUCAUUCGACUUGUUUGAUGUAUUAUUAUAUGUUAAGUCGACCUACUGUAUGAAUUCGUUGAUAAGUUUUAUUCGUUUUUAAUUAGUUGAUCGUUUAUUUAUUGCAGUGUAGCGAUAUUGUCCGUUUGUUUUGAUAAUUGGGAAUUAAUUUCAUUCCUUUGGGCUUCCAGGUCAAAAGAAGGGUUUGAUUUUUUCAGAUUUAUUGCAAUGGCUUUUUGCGGAAUUAUCUUCUUUUUAUUUGUGAAGUUACUUUCACGUCCAGUUCAUUUGCCUUCCGUUUAGUAAAAUCAUCUUUUUCUAUCAAAUAUUGCCAGCAAACUUUUAUUUUGUUAAACUGCUUUAGGAAUUGUCUAGGAACACUAAUCGAAGAUGGAAUACGUUCAAAGAACUUAUGGAAAGGUUGUACAUAUCGUGUUAGUCUAAGACAAAUUAAUUUAGUGUUUAUACCAUAGUGGCUUUUAUGUGAAAGGCUGUAUUUUAAACAAGCUCUAAAUGUGUUUAAGGAAAUUGCAGAAAAUAUAUAGAAGACCAAGUAA